GAGGAAAACCUUGCUUUUUAACUGGGCUAUGGAAUAGAAGAAGCAGGAGGGGUUCCUGACAAGUGACAGUCACGGCUCACUCAACUACCCCUCCUCCUUUCCACACCUGCAGGAUCUUCUGCCUGGCUGCAAUCUUUUCGGUUAAUUGCAUCUCAGCUCCGAGGCUGUCUGUUGCAAAUCCCUGGAUUAAAAGAUUCAUUACUGCUCUGCUGGGUAGAUGAACUAAAUCAUGAAAUUGGCUAUCUUCUUUCUUCUACUCCUGCCACUUUGCUUGGCCAAACCAUUCUAUCAAAGAGGCUUGUUUGAUUUUAUGCUUGAAGAUGAAGCAGGAUCUGGAACUCCUGAACCUCCAGGGUAUCCUCCUAUCCCAGUGUGCCCAUUUCGUUGUCAGUGCCACCUCCGAGUUGUCCAGUGUUCCGAUUUAGGUUUGAAGGAAGUUCCAAAAGAUCUUCCCCCAGAUACUACUCUAUUGGACUUACAGAACAAUAAAAUAACUGAAAUAAAGGAUGGAGAUUUCAAAAAUCUGAAGGAUCUUCAUGCAUUGAUCCUUGUUAACAACAAAAUCAGCAAAAUCAGCCCUGGAGCUUUUUCUCCACUCAAGAAACUGGAGAGACUUUACCUUUCCAAAAACAACUUGAAGGAACUUCCAGAAAACAUGCCAAAAAGUUUGCAGGAACUGCGUGCGCAUGAAAAUGACAUUGUCAAAUUAAGGAAAGCUGUCUUCACUGGACUGAAUAAUGUGAUUGUCAUAGAAUUGGGCACCAAUCCAUUGAAAAGUUCAGGGAUUGAAAAUGGAGCCUUUCAAGGGAUGAAGAAGCUCUCCUACAUCCGUAUUUCAGACACAAAUAUAACUACUAUUCCUAAAGGUCUUCCUGUGUCUCUGACAGAACUUCAUCUUGAUGGAAACAAAAUCACCAAACUUGAAGCAGAUAGUUUAAGUGACCUUCCCAAUUUGGCUAAGCUUGGCCUCAGUUACAAUCACAUUGCUAGUGUGGAUAAUGGAUCUUUAGCCAGAGUGCCACAUUUGAGAGAACUCCAUUUAGACAACAAUGAUCUUGCCAAAGUACCUGCUGGACUAGGAGAACACAAAUACAUACAGGUUAUCUACCUUCACAACAACAAAAUUGCUGCCAUUGGCCCUAAUGAUUUCUGUCCUCUUGGAUACAAUAGCAAAAAAGCUUCUUAUUCAGGAGUAAGCCUGUUUAGUAACCCUGUGCAGUUCUGGGAAAUUCAGCCAUCUGCGUUCCGAUGCAUCUAUGAACGAUCUGUAAUACAACUUGGAAACUACAAAUAAAUGCACAGAAGUGUUUCCACUUAAAUACCUGUUGCUUUUUAAAAUUGUUGGUGACUAUUAAAGCCAAAUACUGAAGACUUAACUGCAGAGUGGAGAUUAUUAUGUUUGUAAAAGACCCAAGAGAUCAUUUCCAGAGAAAAAUAGCUGAAUUCACUGUGUUUUUACUUCAUCAACAACACAUGAUAUAGUUUGUGGUAUCUUCCCAUUAGGUGAGCACAACAGAUUUUUCAAUAUUCCACUGUGCAUGAGAUCUGGGAGUAAAUAUUGGUCGAGCUUUUUAUAAUUAGGAAUUAUGAAAGCACAUUUUUACUCUGCAGUGACCCACAGAAAUUACUUGGAGGAAAAAGAAAUAAAGCAUAAUUUUUCUUAAAAAAAAAAUCAACCAAGUCUUAAUGAACUCCCAUCUGUUUAAAAUUUAAAGCAUAAGUGCAGGUAUCAAAAUAUCAGAUAUACAGAUAAGCAAUAUAGAAAUGUUGCUUUUGUUAAUAUUUUUGGUUAAAAUGCUAUUUUAAUAUAUGCUUAUUUUCUUUUCUGAAUAUGUUUAAAUCUUCCCAGAUAAUUUAUGUACAAUUAGGAAAAUAUUCUACAGCUCAAAAUACACUCCUAGCCCUGGCUUUUUCUAGAAAGAAAUAAGAAUUUUUGUGAGCCAUGGCUACUGAGGCUUUCAUUGGAUUCCCCAUGGAAUAGAAAUGGUGCUGCCUCGCCCGGCCUGUAAUGAAGGUCACCAAGAUCUGUCAUGUCUCAUUAGGUAAUUGAGGUUGCAACUAAACAUUAGGACAUCAGCAUCAGGGAAAGGACUUGUAGCCAUGUCCCCAACUUUCUGCUUCAUUCUCCAAUUCUCCAUUCAUCCCUACCUUCUAGAAGACACAACUAAUGGUUUUAAAGUGAAAAUUGUUUCUCCCUGUUCACACAAUCACUGCUCUUGUUCAUAAUCUGCUAAAAGUAUUCCAAUGCAAUUCCCAUUAAUUUGAGAGUCUUUGAGAAAGUACUCUGUGGAUUGUGACCAGUAAAUCUGCAAGCAUGUAUAAAUUAAGCAAGAUUGGCCUACUACAUUAAUAAAUUGCUCUUAAAUGCAACAAUGGACAUUCAUCUACUUUAAUUUGAAUUUUAACACUGUUCUCAAAUGUAAUGUAAAGAGAUAUCCAGAUUAUUUGUUUAGCAAUACCUAGACUUACAAUUAGGAACAGGGGAACAUCAACUGGCCAGAAGUAGAAGAGCAUUAUCUGAAAAUAUUCUUUUAAAACACAUCUGAAAGCAAACUUUAUUUUUAUAUCUCUAUAACUGGUUUUAUUCAGUAACAAGAAUAUAAAAAAAUGGCUGUACAUUUCUGGGAUUCUUGUCUCCAAAUUUAACUGUAUUUCUUUCAACAUGACACAUUAAAGAAAAGUUUGGAUACCUCUUAAUUGUUCAAAAUACAGUAUUUUCAAUGUAUGUAUGUUUUAUAUUAAACAGUACUGGCAAACUCCAAAA